UGGAUGCGCAGUGGGCAGGUCGCCAUCUUGGUUAUUGGGAUCUCGGAAGGCUUCCGCAACAGUACUUUCUCUUCUUUUCGGGAAACCGUCCUGCGAUCCAAGACAAAAACUACUUAGUUUUGAAGAGGUUUUUUUUAACUUCAAGAUGACGGGACGGCAACCCGCUUGUGUCAUUGACAAUGGAACGGGGUAUACAAAAAUGGGUUUUGCAGGAAACACAGAACCACAAUAUAUUUUACCUACAGCUAUUGCGAUAAAGGAAUCGGCUAAGGUGGGAGAUCAAGCACAAAGGAGGGCUGCUAAAGGCAUUGAUGAUUUAGAUUUUUACAUUGGUGAUGAUGCAAUAGAUAGACCUGGCUAUGGAACAAAGUGGCCAAUAAGGCAUGCUAUUGUAGAAGACUGGGAUUUAAUGGAACGAUUUUGGGAGCAGUGUAUAUUCAAGUACUUGCGGGCUGAGCCAGAAGAUCACUACUUUCUUCUUACUGAACCUCCUCUCAAUACACCAGAAAACAGAGAAUACACUGCAGAAAUUAUGUUUGAGUCAUUUAAUAUCCCAGGCUUAUACAUAGCUGUGCAGGCUGUGCUGGCUUUGGCUGCAUCUUGGACGUCUCGUCAAGUUGGAGAAAGGACUCUAACUGGAACGGUUAUUGAUUCAGGAGAUGGUGUAACUCAUGUCAUUCCAGUGGCUGAGGGUUAUGUCAUUGGUAGUUGUAUAAAGCACAUCCCAAUUGCUGGCCGUGACAUCACCUUCUUUGUGCAGCAGCUUCUUCGUGAGCGUGAAGUGGGAAUUCCGCCAGAGCAGUCCAUGGAAACUGCCAAAACCAUCAAGGAACGCUGGGGCUACAUCUGUCCAGACAUUGCAAAAGAGUUUGCUAAGUAUGAAGCUGAACCAGGCAAGUGGAUCAAGAAGUAUGAAAGUGUGAACGCUGUCACAAAAAAGCCUUUUGCAGUGGACGUUGGUUAUGAGCGAUUUCUGGGCCCAGAAAUUUUCUUCCACCCAGAGUUUUGUAACCCAGAUUUCACCACCCCUCUAUCUGAGGUUGUAGAUGACGUCAUCCAGAACUGCCCCAUUGAUGUCCGCAGGCCACUAUACAAGAACAUUGUAUUAUCUGGAGGUUCAACCAUGUUCCGUGACUUUGGUCGUCGUCUUCAGCGUGACAUCAAGCGUGCAGUGGACGCUCGACUGAAACUCAGUGAGCAGCUCAGUGGAGGACGCAUCAAGCCAAAACCGAUUGACACUCAAGUUAUCACACAUCACAUGCAGCGUUAUGCUGUUUGGUUUGGAGGAAGCAUGCUGGCUUCUACGCCGGAGUUUUACACAGUGUGUCACACCAAAGCUGACUAUGACGAACACGGUCCCAGCAUCUGCCGUCACAAUCCAGUGUUUGGCACCAUGUCUUGAGGAGAAAAAAAGCAAAAUUCCCUAGGUUGUUAGAAUGUGGCGAGUUGUACCUUUGAUCUGCGCCCGACCAAUCUCUUGACCAGAGCAGUUAAACCCUUUAGACAGCGGUUGGUUGCCUUGGUGACCAACCACCGACCUAAGCGUCUGGGCACGAGAUUGGUCUGUAACCGGAAGAAGGCGCUGGCAAUCUCCUGUUAAAGACGUGAUGUAAAUUGCGCGUUACUGUUUAAAAUUGUAUAAGUGAUUUAACUUAAUGCUGCUGUUUUUUUAAAAAAAGAAUUGGUACACCUUGAGUUUCACCCGCUCAAAAAUGUAAAGAGAUUAGAGAGUUUAAGUAGAGUGUGGGGAACUCAAAUUUGUUUGUUCAUGCUUCUGAUUUGCCGGCUUUCUGUUAAUUUGAGAAAUAAUCCAACAAACUGCCCUUGAUUGGUAUUUUUUUCUGUGUUAGAUGUAGAAAAUAAAUGAUAAUUUUGGAUCUCUUCAUAUUGAAUCUGUGCUAAACUGUACAUUUGCGAAGAUCAUAACAAAUGUAAAGUUUAAGCCUCUAUCACUCCCAGUUUUUUUGUUUGUUUUUGUCGAGUUAGCUUUGAAGAACUUUUUCAACACUACCUCUUGGUCUAUCGACGAAGGCAGUCACUUUAUACUUUUGACUGUCCUUUUUAUUUUGACACGAUCGUUGUUUAUUGUAAGAGUGUUUCAAUAAUUUCGUUUGUAACUCGCGAAUCGAAUAAAACCGCAAGACUUUCACGCGUGUGUAGUAACAGAAACGUUCUCAGCCAUUUCUGAAACGCCGCGCGUGGCACUCGUAAUCUUAUAGCGCUCUCGCGUGUCCCUGUCGUGCUUAUUUAGCACAUGCUAAGAGGGAGAGUGAAGAAGUUCUACAGAGUCAAAACGAUCGACAUCGAACAAAUCAAUACAUUUUAAGCCGAAGGGAGUUUAUUUAGAAGUUAAGAACAAACAUAAGGGUUUCAAUAGCUUCUUUUCUACCAUAAAUUUGUUGCUCAGGCAUUUUAUUAAAUCUUGUGUGGUAUUGUGAGAAUUUCGGUAACAAGACUCGCUUCUUUGAGUAACAAGUACGUUUCUUAAAAGGAAACUGGUUACUGAGUAAGAUUAUUUGUCAUACAGAAAACUGCUUUUUAGUUGUAGUAUUAUGACUAAGGCUCUUGUUUACACUGGUGAUAACAUUGUAAGUCCGGUUUAAAUUAGCCUGUGUAGACUGGACUUCUGCAGGUUUAUCCAACUAAAUAUGAUUGUUUGAACUUAUAUUUCAUUUCGGAAACCGUAGUUGUGUUUCUGCUAGUUUCCUUGGUCAUGAGCUUUGCACAUUUUAAAGAUUUCCUGAAUUUGUGAUCGAAACCAACAAGGUUGUAUCGAAACAUCUAUUUUGACAAAUAAAAUUUCCUUUAUAGAAGAAUCAAA